AUGCCGCCUGGUGCAGAGCGAGGGAUGGAUGCAUCGGCAAUUGAUUUUGAUGCCCUGAUUGUGGGUGGUGGACCAGCUGGACUGGCCGCACUGAGCGCUCUCGGCCGCGUACGACGAACAGCUUUGUUGAUAGACUCGGGCGAGUAUCGCAACAGCCCUACACGGCGGAUACACGAUGUCGCCGGGUUUGAUGGUGUUACUGCGGCAUAUUUCCGAUGGUCGGCUCGCCAGCAGAUUCUUCAUUACAAAACAGUUGACGCGGUGAACGGGACGGUAACGAGUAUCCGACCCAAGGCGAACAACACCUACUUUAUCGCCACCGUAGAGACUGCCGAGGGCUCAGCAUCGACUUACACAGCUCGGAAGAUUAUCAUUGCCACUGGAGUGCGCGAUCUUCUCCCACCUACCCCGGGACUACGAGAGAAUUUCGGCAAAGGGAUCUACUGGUGUCCGUGGUGUGACGGCCAUGAACACGCGGACCAGCCAAUGGGAAUUUUGGGCCCUUUUGACAAGACGGUAGAGGCCGUGGCCGAGGCAUCCAAUCUGAAUAGCGACAUCAUCAUCUUCGCAAAUGGCACCGAUACAUAUGAAAAUCGGGUCCGCGCUGACGCAGCGUUUGCGGAAAACUCGUCUGCGUACCUCGAUAGGCGGCAUGUCAAAGUGGACAAUAGGACGGUGACGCGGAUCACCAGAUUGCGAGAUGGCGAAGACCUAAAUAGGGACCCGUCCUUGCCAACUUCGCCCGAGUACGACCUGUUCAACAUCGAAUUUGACACUGGCUCUCCAGUCGAACGCGGCGUUUUGCUUACCGCAUUUACAUACGAACAGCGAUCGAGUAUAGGAGCAAAGCUAGGCUUGAAUACCAAGGAUGACAAACUGGUAGUUGAUGAAGAUAUGCGCACCAGUGUACCAGGCGUGUACGCUGUAGGUGACGCAAAUUCUGAUAUACGUACGAACAUUUUGCACGCGCUGCAUUCUGGGAAGUCGGCGGCUGUGCAUCUUCACACUGAAAUUGAGAGAGAGUUAAGUAGAAGUUUAACAAGCGCGUCUGGGUUCCGCCAUGGUAUUUCAAGGCCAAGCGAAGAGAGGAGAAAUCACGGCGAUGGCUUCUCUUCAAAACUGAAUGAUGUUGAACUUCCUGACUCUGGUACUCAAGUGGCUUUGAGUCGACUGAAAAUCGAUUAG